AAUGCAAGCAGAAAAGUAUGGCUGCACAUGUAAGAAGUCUAUGGUACGAAAAUAGGGGGAAAUGUUGUUGGAAAGAAAGAUGUUAUCCCAGGACGAUCGCAACGAAAUGUCUCGUUAAGAACAACAAUGGUAUUUUCCUGUUAAUAUGAGGACACGUCGAUCUUUCUAUUCUAAAAAACAAGCGAAGUUUCUAGAUUUGACUAUACGUAAUGAAAAAAUAUAUUCCUGUAAGUGUCAUUGGUACAAGUCCAUUAAUGGUACUUGUAUUAGACACAAAUCAAAUAAAAUCAAAAGACAAAGGUGUAUACGAGUUUCGGAGGAUGUUGUGGCCGAUCUCUGGAAAAUACAAAGGGUAUGCGACAUGAUAAGAUCACAGGAUAACAUUGCAGGAGGACGACGAUUUCAAGAUGAGUCUGUGAAUAUUGAAAAAUUGAUACAAGAGGAAACAACUUCGAGUUCAUACGUCGAUGCUAAAAAUUGUUUCGUUCAAGACGCUUACACUCAAUCUGUGUUUGAAGACGUAGAAAAAGAAAUCUAUGAUUUUCGAAAGAACAACGAUGAGAAUGAAUCGUUUAAUCGCAAAAAUAAAAUCGAUUUUAAGAAGAAAAUAAUUUCUAAUGAAAACUCAACGGAUCUAUCAUUUAAAUUUAACAAAAAGGAAAUAGAAGAAAUAGAAGAUAAAUACGAAAGAAUAUCAUUAAAUUGUGAUUACGAAUGUAAGGAAAGUAUUAACAUUGAGACUUCAACCUAUUUGAAAGAAGAAAAUAAAACAAGUACUAUAGGUACAUGUACCGUUUCCAAAAAUGAUACUGAUCUACCGUACGUCCCUGAGCUUGAAUUAAAAGAGACAUGUGAUUGUAAACCAGAGUGCAAUUGCGAGUAUGAAUUUUCGGAAGAACCUUUUGGAAACCAUGAUAUCGAAGAAAAGAAUAAAUAUAAAAUUUUGAAGAAAUAUGAUCGAGAAACGAUACCAAAAAGAUCUAAACAAAAUCGAAUGUUGAAUACUAGGAAUCAAACUCAUUGGAAUUCGGAUAUUACUAAUCCUUCUUAUUGUAAAUAUAAUCGAAAUGUUUAUGACGAGAUAAAAUCGAGUACAAGUGCAGAAUCUCUGAUUUAUCCAAGAACAAAAAUGAAGGUAACACGUACCAGUAGCCAUGACCGAAACAAUUUAUUAUUCUUAAAACGUUUAGAAAGGAUCAAAAAGGAUCCUCGACAAAGGAAGGAUAAUUUUGCCUUUCCACUAGUCCGUAGAAUUAAUAUUAAGAAAGAUCGUAGAGAUCGAUGUGAUUAUAACGAUCGAUUCUUGUGCUGUUGUAAACGUCUUAAUUGUGAUAUAAACCGAAAAAUGAUUAUUGAAGAUAAAUUUGUGGAGACCGAAACGAGUCAAUCCAGAACGUCAUCCUCUUCAACGAGUACUACGUCUAAAGAUUACGAUAAAUCCUCUCGAUCAUUUCUAUACGAUAACAAUUGUAAAUGUCGAUAUUGUUGUACCUGUACAUCUAAUGAUUUACAAUCGGAAAUAGAAUACAAAGGCAUUGAAAGAGAAUCAUCGAAAAUCCAUUAUCCAUUAAAUCCAUUAUCAUCAAACAUAACAUAUAAUGAUGAUAAUAAUAAUUAUUAUUAUAAUAAUUAUUAUUAUAAUAAUAGUAAUAAAAAUUCAAUUCGUCAUUUUAAUGUUAUGAGAUUAUAUUGCCAAAAGACAUUGCCUCUAAUGUAUAGAAGAUUGGAAAAUCGUGAAAAGUGGAUCAAUGAUCGUACGUUAUGUGAAUGAUCAUAUAUUGUGAUUAAUAAAUAAGUCAAAGGAUUUUUUUUUUGCUCGGCAAAUAUAUUAUACGAAUUGGAGAAGGAAGGAAUAAAGGAAUAUGAGAAAAACACGUCGUGUAUAAUGAAAGAAAAGGGAAUAAGGGAAAAAAGAAUAAAAAGAAAAAACUAAGCCAAUAGAAAAUAAGAGAAGAAAAAGAAAAUAAGUUAAAUGCUAAAUGCUAAAUGCUUUUUCAAUUACGUAGUAUUACUUUUUGAUAAUAGAUAAUAAAUCAAAGUCAAAUGUAUGAUCAUCUUCUCUUCACCGACGCAAAUGACAUUAUAAAAAUGUAAUUAAUUGUCCCGAUUAAAUAAAGAACGAAUUGUCGAUCGAGAACGCAUCGAUCGCCGAAAGUUAAUAAUACAGAGGAGAAUGAAUCGAACUAACGACUCGUGUGUUAGUUGCUAGAUCCUAUGAAUAAAUUGGACAUGCUUUAAAGAGAUACGAGUGGUCUGGUGUGUGCCCGGAAAAUGUGAAACUCAAUUAAUAUGCGUCCCGUGUCUCUAGGUGAAGUGUCUAUAAGUAGAUCGGUUGCGGACACAACGUCAGUCAUAACCAUACAUUAUUUUCUGCUGUAGUGCGGAGAUAGCCUUCUUUCUGCUAACGAGAUGCUCUGACAAUUUCGUUAGCAAUAUAUUUAAUACACACACACACACACACACACACACACACACACACACACACAUAUAUACACACACACAUAUACACAGACAUUUAUAAACACGUUCUUCUAUCUUCGUAUAUAGAUUUCAGAUUGAUUUUUCAAGAUGCUCUUAUUAUAAAACAACAUAUAUAAUUUAAAUAACAUUAAUUUAUUAAAUACUCAUUCUAAUUCUA